GUUGUUGCUGCUCACUGCUGGCACUCCUAUUAUUGCCCUCACCCAUCUGGCCUCACAGUUGAACAUAACGCUUUGGUGAGUGUUUGAAAUAAUGGAAACGCACUCGACCGUGAUUCCCUCGUUGAGUUUGAUGAGCACUACUGCGCUGAGCAAUCGUUAUGGCUGGCUACGGUAGUAAUGGUGCUGGCGAUGAUGGCUAAUAGCGGUGUCUGUGUUAGGGAGACUACCAACAUUUGUGGUUCGAGUGCAACUUAUGGGAGCGAGCACACACAUCUUUCUGGCUGGUCUUACAAUUUAGUUUGUGUUCGACUUUACAUUGUUCAGCAGUGGAGCAGUAGAGCAGCAGCUGCAAGUGUUACAACUUUAAAACUCGUAAUUACGAAGUUUCAAACAGCUGUUUGCUGUAAGUGGAAGUGGAAGUGGAUAAGCGUGUUGGUGGAAGCUUGUUUGGUUCCUAAUAGCGACUUCCCUAUACACAUUCGAAUUCGUACAAGGAAUUUGACGCCAUGGACACGCAAAAGCUUACAAACGGCAAUACGCUAGCUGGCGGAAUUCAGUUGGUGAAGGAGCGUAAUCGUAGUAGCAACAAAGUUAAACUUUGUGGUUAUUUGAAAAAGAAACGAAAUAAAGUUGGCGGUUGGCGCAAAAUGUGGUUUGUACUCCAGGAUAAGUUGUUGCUUUCUUAUGCCUCGAAGGAGGAGUACGACAAUAAAUUAGUGUCAUUCAAAGAUGUACUCAAUUUGGUGCCGGGUACAAUGGUGCGUCCUUUGGGUGGCUUUCGCUUCACAAUCGAGACAACCACGCAUGUGAUGUAUACCUUUCAUUGUGACGAUCGCAAUGCCUAUCGCGAAUGGAUUACCAUGCUGUUGGAUAGCUUAUCCGCUACAACAAGCUCACAAAUCAUUGCCGCCAUCUCCUCCCCCUCCUCCCGCUCCACAUCAGCUUAUUCUUUGUUGCCGUUGCAACAGCAACGUUUCCGCAACAUUUCCGUCGACAAUAUUCCACAUGGGCUGUGGUCGAGUGCAGCGCAGAAUUCACAGCGUCAGCGUGAGCUCUCGUCCAGUUGUGACUCAAUGCGCCAGCGAUUCGAAUUAGUGGAUGGCAGUUGUGAGUAUGCAUAUUUCGAGCGCCUAGCAAAUAAAAAAUCAUCAAAUGAAUUAAAAGCAACGACGCGGUCGUCGUUGGCGCCAGCAUUGUCGUUGCCCACCCCCGGCAGUGGUGGUACUGGUGGUGCUGCAGCGGUACACUUGCCAAUUGCGGGCAGCACUGCGAAAAUACUGGAGCGUAACGGCGUGAAUUCAAGCAGUCCGAAGAAAAAAUACCAACAGCAAUACAAAAAACGACAGCAGCAACAAGUGAACUGUUGCAACAGGAGUAGUGGCACAACAGUGAACGCAACAAGUAGCAAAAGCAAAAGCAAUAACAAUAACAGCAACGACAACGUCACAGCUGCGCGUUUAUCUACUGAAGUGUGUGCGACUCACUUCCGUUUGCAUGGUGAAAGUAACUGGACUGAAUUUAACAAUCUCGAUAGCGUGCAAGCCCAGUCGAGCGCUGGUAGUACCUCUUCAUCAGCUUCCGCAUCCGCCUCCACCUAUCAGCCCGUUAAUCAAUCAAUUUUAAAAAUAAAUAGUAUGUUCCAGCAACAAUCAACUUCUUCUUCGGCGUCCGAAGGUGCCAGUUCCAGUCGUCACCAUAUGGUGAAUAAAGAGUUUUUAUUGUAUCCAAAGUCUUCAGUAACGAACUGUGAUAAAAACGAAUUUAUUCCGAAGUACAACCACAACAACAAAACUAAUAAUGAUACUACUGAUCGGAACAAUACAUUGUUAGUGGAUUGUUCUUCAAUAGAUGAGGAUACACAAGUUGCGGAUGACAACAUUCGUGCAGCUUAUUCCUGCUGCUCUAAGGAUAGCAAAGCAAUGGUUAUGGUAAAAGACCAAAUUCAGCGUAUGAACAUCAAAGGCCGGAAGGAAACAAUGUCGUAUACGAAUGCAAACGCAGUCGAUAGACGUGAGCAAAGGCGAGUUGUCGUAACGAAACGAUUAGAGGAGGAAUCGCUUAUUGAAACAGCCAAUAUGUCCAAAGCAGUUGACGCUGAUGCGAAACGAAAAUCAUUGGGUAGUAAUGCCGAAAUCGAUGCAGUGGACCGACAACUCGAUAUGGUCAGAGAUGUGGAGACAUCUUUUAAUAGACCUUCGGAGCCAAUUUAUGCUGUAGUGGAUUUAGCGCACAAAUAUGCACAAAGGCAACAACGUAACGGAAAAAAUAAUUUCAAAAAUGUCGAUGCGAAUCGUUGCAGAAGUUACGAAAGCAUUAUACAGGGCGUGGAGCCCAGUAUUGUGGAGUCAAUCAGAGGUGGAUUGGUAGAGAAAUCAAUUAAUAAGUUGUAUGCCGAAGACGAUAUAGACGGUAUCUACGAAGAUGGGGAUAAGUUUGAAGCGAAUUGUGAGAAUGGUAGCACACAAAAUUGUGACGAUGAUGAAAACAUUUACGAGCCUGUAGGUUUCGACAACUUCACCACUCCAAAGACUAAUGCCUCCACGACACAACCCAACGCAUUAUGGCGCUACAUUACGCGUUUGAAAGUUAAUUCGCUCCUACAUUUUACGCGCAUGCGCCGUAACAAUCAUGUUGAUUAUGAUACCAUACGUCUGCCUACACCCACACCAUCACCCACGCUCGCAGCAAGUCAUAAGAAAGCAACGACACUAACAAAGAAACAGUCAUCAACAGCGUCGCCAACCGCCACAACAUCACAAUUUGCCUGCAUUAAACACAAAUUUGGCGCUCAUCGAAAAUCAAUGCAAGUGCGCGUGCGUAAAAUGUGUGCGCGCACCUAUGAACCAAAGACAAAUUUUAACAACAGACAGCCAACGCAGCAACAAAUUAACAGCAAUGAUCACUUUGUUGUCGGAGCCAGCAGUGGCAGUAGCUGCGGAGGUGGUGCUAAUGGAGGUGGGAGCAGUGCAGAGAAAAAACCAAAAUAUCGCUGGAAAUCAGUGAAAAUAAGGCCAAAACAUUUCAAUGGCGCCUACAAUGGUGUCAAUUGCAAUAGUACAACUGAUGAUAUUAGCCACAAAUCAACGCGGCAACGUUUCUUUGGCAGUCUGCCACAUUUGCGUAAAGCGCGUGUCUCACUUUUCUCCACGCCAAAUUUGCAUAUGAGCGAGAAAGAUCAGAAUAGUAAUGUGAGCGAGGUGGUGGAUAAGGCGACUGCGAACACGUCGCUUGCGGCGAACAAAAGUGUAUAUGACAAGUUGAAUAAGUAGCUGAAUAUGGAUGUAUGUAUGUACGUAUGGUGUGCAUUUUCACAAUUUCUCUAAAGCUGUGAGUGUCGUUGUUUAGUUACAAAACUAUGUGGUUUCAGCAAAUGCGUAUGUGGGCGCGUUUGCUGGAGAACGCCAUAUUUCCAGAAACCUAAAAUAUCGAGAAAACCGGCUUUGAAGUUUUCAAUCUACAAUUAAGCCACCUUAACUACAGUGUAAUACAUAUGUAUGCAAAAAAAUGUACUUAUGGUAUAUUGUCUUCUAGCGAGAUACUGUUAAAGUGGUUUUCUUUACAAUACAAAGCAUAAAAGCGGAGUUGGCGGUAAUUUCUGCAUACUUACCUCAAUCAGUUUUUUCGGAUUAUGACACUCACACAGCACAUGGACACAAUGUAUGUAAAGGGUGUUU